AUGUACAAUAGGUUGUAUCUAGGAAGACACAGACUUAAACUAAAUUUUGAGGAAGGAGUUAAAGGAUUUAUCACGUGGACAUUUUCUCAUGAGUGUUGUCGAAGCGAAGGAGGAGUUAGAUGUUAUUGUCUUAAAUAUAAAUGUGGACCUAUAAUUUGUGACCCAGAGAAAGUAGAACGCCAUUUAAAGAGAAUGAGUUUCAUUGAAAAUUAUUGGGUUUUGACGUAUAAUGGAGAAGAACUGCCGAGUAACGUACCAGAGACUAGUAAUACGCUUGCUUCAAGUAGUCGAUCGCCGAUGGAAUAUGAGAAAAAAUUUUAUCUGACCAGUGAGAUGGUGGGUGAUGCUUUUAGUGUGAACAUGACCUAUGAUGAACCUGAAGAUUUUGAUGGGGAAGGGUUGUCGAAUGAGGAAGCACAAAGAUUUUAUCAAUUGUUGAAUGAGAUGAAUACGCCAUUGUUUAAGGGGCUGUCAAACUCAAAGUUAUCAAUAUGUGUGAUAAUAUUGGUCGCCAAGUCAAAUUCUAGUGUUCCUGAUCAGUGUUUGGAAUUCUUCGCAAAAAUGAUGUUCGACGCGACUCCUACGAAAGACAACUUGCCUACAUGUUUUUAUGAUGCAAAGAAGUGGUGUCGAAGUUGGGUUUAG